AAACUUUCCGCCGGCUGGUCCAUCGGCCCUUGUCCGGCCCGCGCUGCCGCGGCCUGGGAUCCGAGCCGGGCGGGCAGGUGACCGGGACCGGACGGGGCGGGAGCGGCCGGGCCCCGGGUGUCUGCGGCCGCCGGACGCGCCGGGGCCGGGCAGCGGGGAAGCGGGGCGCUGACGGCUGACAGGGGAGCUGCCCCCCCAGAGAAGCAUGGAUGCCCCCCGAAGGGACAUGGAGUUGCUCAGCAACAGCCUGGCGGCCUACGCACACAUCCGCGCUAACCCCGAGAGCUUCGGCCUCUACUUCGUGCUGGGUGUCUGCUUUGGCCUGCUGCUCACCCUGUGCCUGCUAGUCAUCAGCAUCUCCUGCGCACCCCGCCCGCGGCCCCGAGGCCCCACUCCGCGCCGGGACCCCCGCAGCAGCACCCUGGAGGCCGAGGACGACGACGACGAUGACGAUGAGGAUACGGUGACUCGGCCGGGCCCCGAGGUGUCCGCGGAGCCCGACGGGCCCCUGAGCGUCAACGUCUUCACUUCGGCCGAGGAGCUGGAGCGGGCGCAGCGGCUAGAGGAGCGGGAACGGAUCCUGCGGGAGAUCUGGCGCACUGGACAGCCAGACCUCCUGGGCACCGGCACGCUGGGGCCCAGCCCCACGGGCACGGGCACCCUGGGCCGCAUGCACUAUUACUGACCGGCCCCCAGAGCGUACUGGAUAUGCACAGGGGCUUCGAGCUGCCCCAGGACCUUUGGACUGCCCCUGCCCACGGUGCUAUGGAGGCCCCGCCCCCACGGCUCCCCUGGUGCUGUUGGGCCUGGAUUCCCGUCCCCUGGGAGACACCCUUCCCCCGUCCAGCCAGAAGGCCCUGGGGGUAGGGCAGGACACAGGGUCCCCAUCCCCUCUCUGGGGGACGGUUAAGAGGUGACGUGACCAAUGAAAGCUGCAUUCUCAGUGA